AAACAUGCUUGGGUCGUGCCCAGUCUCAUGAGUAGCGGCCUUGUGUUGGGGACGUUGCUGGCUAUCACUCACCACCUCUUUUAUGCUUCGCUGGACCAAAGACCUGUUGCCUACCAGGCACAACAGGAGUGGUACUUUCGCAUCGGGAUCGGACUUGCUUUUCUCGUUAAAGCUUUCUUCACCGCUUCUGCAGUCCUUGCGUACAACCAGCUGGUGUGGUACACACUGCGAUCCGAACCCGUUACGCUAGCGGGAGUUGACGCCAUGUUCGGUGUUAUUUCAAACCUCUUUGAUUUCACUGAUAAAGAACUGUGGCGACGCGGCCGAGGCUUGGUGGCCAUAGCCAUUAUAGUCUGGACGAUGCCCUUGAUCACUGUCUUUUCGCCCUCUGCUCUUAGGGUCCAGACUUCGACGCAUUUCAACGAGACUUGGACCAAGAUGGCUCUUCCCGUGCUCGAGUAUCAAACGGUGCAGAAGUUUGCCCAGUGGCAAGCUGGCGGAUCCAGUGCCUAUUCCUCGCCGUCCAGCCGCAUAUCCAGAUUACUGUCCGCCACUGCGGCCCAAGGGGCGAUUCUGAAUAUUGCGUCUCCCUUCCCCAACUGCUCCUAUACCGUCGAGUUCUACGGACCAUCUCUCUCAUGCGGGUCUCCCUCGGCGGGUAUCUCAUUCGAGACCAAGGUAGAUAGUCUAAUAGCUGGCUCAAGCUCUAGCACGAGUCUUCAAUCCGGAAUUGGAUAUGUUGGUUUUGUACCGCAACGUGCAAACACCACACUCACCACAAGCUUAGAAGACGAUGCUUUGGCAGGCCUUGACCGAACUCUCGAAACCCCUCAUGCUACCGACAUUGACACCAUUGACAGAAGUCAGGCACACGAUUAUGCUAAGCUUUACGUGGUCGCGCCCGAUUGGGACGGCUUAGCAGGAAACACGAUUGAGUGCGGCCUUUACAAUUCAUCCUACACGGUCGAUCUGGACUACCGAAACGGCCAGCAGAAUAUUUCUGUUAAAAGCCUAGAGAGAGUCAAUGGAGUCACCGCCGAGCCUGCGUUCGAAGAUUGUGGCGGAGGUGCGUGCUCAGUGUCCGUAGUAGCGUACAUAUCCAUGAUGGACGCCAUGGGGAGACUACUCCUUGGGCACUUGAAGGUCUCUGACGUUGGCUCGCUGAUCCCGACGAGGACCCAGAUUUCUACGACGGUUCUCAUGCAGACGGCUGAAAUGCAGAGGCUUCACAGGCGGACAAUUGUUGCCGGCAACAAGUUCACGCCCGAACCACUGUCGAUAGCCAACAUUACCAUGACGGACGCUUUGGAGCAACUCUUCCUCAACUUCACACUGAGUCUUUUCAGCGACUCAUAUCUUCUUCAAAACCAAAGCAGUGCUUCGGAAGGUAUGGUAUUGGUCCGGGCUCCCCAAAAUGUCUACGCGUACGAUUCACGCAACCUAUUCAUAGCGUAUGGAGUUGGUAUCUGUGUAGACCUCGUAGUUGUGGUUGUGGGACUGCUCUGUGUCUGGACAUCAUCAGGCUCGUACAUGAGCGCGUUUAGCACCAUACUCCGCACAACACGAAAUCCAUCCCUCGAUACAGUUAUUCAGCACGACGAUGGAAGCGGCACGUGGCCGAUGUCAACAAGACUCGCCAAGUUGAAGGUCAUACUCCAAGAAUCCCCUUCCAGAACGGAGCUCGGGAAACACACCAUGUUCAGACUCGUCAAUGAUUGGUGCGAUCUGGAGCAAGACGCAUCAUCUGAAUCUCCGGAGCUUCCCAGGCCCUCUCUGGAUUCUCUCCUUAUUCGACCAGUCGCAGGAGGUGAGCAAAAGCAAGCAAAUGUGCGUGUUAUUAUUACCCCCCCAACACCGGAACCCCAGGAGGACGUCAUUAUGGAAACGUCUUAA